AAUUUUUUGCUGCUGUCAGAAUACUAGUCCAGCCAGCUAGCUACCAACUCAGCUAUCUGGUGUCUGAUAGUCAUCACUGUCUAAUCAUGGGACUAAAACCAAGUUCUGCUCUAAAGGCGUCGAAGACAUUGUUUGUUUUACUUUCUCUGUUUACAUUUCUUUUAGUGGGUAGUCAAGGCGAGAAUACUGCUAUGGACAAUUCUGCUACGGAGAGGAGGGCUGAGGAAAGCCAUAGACAAGACAGUGCCAACCUUCUUAUUUUCAUAAUGCUCUUAACUCUCACUAUUUUAACCAUUUGGUUGUUUAAACACCGUCGCUUCAGGUUUCUACACGAAACAGGACUGGCAAUGAUCUAUGGUCUGCUGGUGGGGGUGAUCCUUCGUUUUGGGGUUCAUGUGCCACGAAAUAUGAACAAUGUGACUAUGAACUGCAGUGUGAAUGCCAGCCCAGCAACUCUUCUGGUCAACGUCAGCGGGCGCUUUUAUGAGUACACACUGAAGGGUGAAGUCAGCACCGUCAAGGGGCAUGACGUGCAGGAUGAUGAGAUGCUCAGGAAGGUGACCUUUGACCCUGAAGUAUUUUUCAACAUUUUGCUGCCUCCAAUCAUCUUCCAUGCUGGCUACAGCUUGAAGCGGCGACACUUCUUCAGGAAUCUGGGGUCCAUCCUUGCCUAUGCUUUCAUGGGGACAGUCAUAUCAACUUUUGUCAUUGGGCUGGUUAUGUAUGGCUGUGUGACAUUAAUGAAGGCGGUUGGGCAGUUGGGAGGGGACUUUUUCUUUACUGACUGCCUCUUUUUUGGUGCCAUUGUCUCAGCCACAGACCCAGUGACAGUACUUGCCAUAUUCAACGAGCUGAAGGUGGAUGUGGACCUGUACGCCCUUAUGUUUGGAGAGAGUGUACUCAACGACGCUGUGGCCAUAGUUCUGUCUUCCUCCAUAGGUGCCUAUCAGCCAGCCGGGGACAACAGCCACACAUUCGACGCAACAGCCAUGAUCAAGUCUUUUGGUGUGUUCCUUGGGGUCUUCAGUGGAUCCCUUGCCCUUGGUGUGGCCACCGGAGUCAUGACUGCACUGGUCACCAAGUUCACUAAGCUGCGUGAUUUCCCCCUGCUGGAGACGGCCCUCUUCUUCCUCAUGUCCUGGAGCACUUUCCUGCUGGCCGAGGCCUGUGAAAUGACUGGUGUGGUGGCCGUGUUGUUCUGUGGGAUGACCCAGGCUCACUACACUUUCAACAACCUUUCUCCUGACUCCCAGGACAGGACCAAACAGCUAUUUGAGCUCCUGAACUUUCUGGCAGAGAAUUUCAUAUUUUCCUAUAUGGGCCUGACGCUGUUCUCCUUCCAGUCCCAUGUGUUCAACCCCUGGUUCAUCAUUGGAGCAUUUAUUGCAGUAUUCCUUGGCAGGGCAGCCAACAUCUACCCCCUCUCUUUCUUCCUCAAUUUGGGCCGUAAAAACAAAAUUGGAUCUAACUUCCAACAUGUUAUGAUGUUUGCAGGCCUGCGGGGGGCUAUGACCUUUGCCCUCUCCAUCCGGGACACGGCCACGUACGCCCGGCAGAUGAUGUUCUCCACCACCCUGCUGAUCGUCUUCUUCACUGUGUGGGUGUGUGGAGGCGGCACCACCCCAAUGCUCUCCUUCAUGAGUAUACGUGUGGGAGUGGACUCGGACCAAGACAGCUCACAGGUGACUGUUUCGGAUGGAACGCAACAUAGGAACACCAAACACGAGAGUGCCUGGCCUUUUAGAAUAUGGUACAAUUUCGACAAUACCUACCUGAAACCCCUGUUGACUCACAGCGGCCCACCCCUCACUGCCACCCUGCCUGCCUGCUGUGGCCCCUUGGCUCGCUGUCUCACCAGCACUCAGGCAUAUGAGAAUGAAGGGCACCAGCACAAUGAUGAUUCUGACGAACUGGUCCUGAAUGAUGGCAAUGCAACCAUGUAUGGUGACGUCACAGUGAGCACCGAUGCAUCGGGCACCCUCACCACCAACCAUAAACACCUGUCUGCCUCCACCAUGGGCAUAACCUCGGAGGAGGCCCUGGACCAGGAGCUGGCGUUUGGGGAGCAUGAACUGGUCAUCAGGGGAACACGUCUGGUCCUGCCCAUGGACGACCCCCCUGAACCCACUGUGACCCUCCCCCCACCUCCCCCCCCGCCUUUCUCAGAUCCCUUCUCCGAUCCCUUUUCAGAUCCCUUCUCCGAUCCCAGACGCAACAGACUCUAGAGGCCAAGCGCUCCCUUUUUCUGUCUAGCCAUCCCUUGGUCUUGAACAACCCCUGCAUUGAAAAGCAAAAUGGGUUGUGUUAAGUGGUGGUCUUUACCCAUGCCUGCCUCUUUCUCCUUUGCCCAUUCAUGUAUUUGUAUAUUUUAAAAAGUACAUCCAAUAUUUAUGUAUUUAUUUACUCUGUAUUUAUAUGUCGAGGUUUUCAUUGUUGCCCUUACCCCACAGGGAGUCGUUGGGGGUUUCAAGAGCCAUGCUUCCUUUCUUUUUCAAAACAUGGAAACAUAAAUAUGAAUUUCAGUGGUGAUUUUUAUGUCAUGGGAGUAGUUUAGGGUGUACUUUAGUUGCUAGUAAGUUGUGAAUAAUAAGUUUCACUCAGUUCUCCUACCUGACUGCUACUGGCUGAUGUGAGGGUCAUUAUUUAAGUCAGAGGCAUCUGUAUUGGGGGCUCCAGGAUGCUGAACUGUUUUAAACAAGUGCCUAAUUAUAUAUAUAUUUUUCAAUUUAUGCAGAUUUGUACAUAUUCAUUAAUAAUUUACAGUAAAUCAUUUGGAUUAUUCUAACUUGAAACCCAGCUCAGUGUUAUACCAAACCCCUACAGAAUAAAAUGCAAUAUUGUACUAUGACCCUUUUUCCGUAAAUUGUAAUAUUCAUUAGUUGUAAUUGAUUGAUAUACAUUUGCAAAUGAAGCCUGGUGGAAAUUAUUAAGAUAUGUCAUUACUUUAAAUGAAAUAUUGACAUUUUCAUAAGCAGAUUUCUAAGUCUGGAGAUUCCUGUCACCUCCACUCUUGCUCUGUGAACGACAAGGCCCUUAACUCUAAGCAGAUGCCUUGAUACUGAAUCUAACGACCUGAGCAGAAAGCUGUGGCAAAGGGUUUGGUACAAUACUGUACAGAGCUGCUUUCUAUGGACUCAGUCCAGUCCAGGCUGAAUGUGUGCAUGGGCUCUACGACAGCUGGCUGGAACUGUCACUCUGAGCUCCUGCUAUGCAGGAUUAGGUUUUGUUUUCAAAUAAUUAUACCUGCCGUACCCUUUCUUUCUCAGUCAGGUGGGCAGCAACUAUGAACAGAUUUUUGCGCUUUAUUACAUAUCAUUUGUUUGCAUUGUGAUCUUUAUUUAGAUUGAGCCACUUGAGCUUAUGUUGAAAGACCUGACUAGAAUGCAACACUACCACCGACAGUAGCUAGAGUAACCACAUGUUAUGAAUGCAAUGGUUCAUAUGGUCUAAACUCUAACUGGAACUAAUCUAGUCUGUAAAUGGGAUUGUAGUUCAGCUCAGAUAUCUAGCAUAGUAACUAAAAGCUCAGUUGUUAAAGUAGCAGCAAAUUCAACCUGAAAAGGUGAGGCAGCCUUUACUUGAUCCAACAGUAUUUGGGUGUAUGAUAUUGAUGUAGCUAUAUUUUGUGAAGAGUUUGUUUUUGUUAAUGAAAUGUGAAUUCUACAAAAUACAGUUAAUUUGGAUGUGGGGAGAGACAAAGUUAUGAAAGUCUCAAUGUACAGUAGCCUAAAUACUAAAUAUGUGAAUCUAAUGUGAAUGAAAAUAAAUGUUUCUAUUAGGCUACAAAAUUAAUUUUUGAUGUUUUUUUUUCUUUUUCUGUUUCAAGUACCAAAUCCAUGUAACUUCUGUAUUUAUUUACAAGUAUGUUAUAUCUGUAAUGUGUUGUAUUUCACAAACACUUCCUUUCAGUACACAACGUAUAAAGAGUAGUGGUAGACACAUUUAAAUGGACUGAUCAUUCAAUAUUUCACCCCAAUAAGUGGUUAAUCGUUCAUUCAACCUUUUCCUGAAGACUUGGCCAAUAAUAUUCUGCAUGGAAAUACAAUACAGUUGGGUUGAUUGGAAGGCA